CGAGGGGGACCAUGGGGGAUUGCCGAUGGAGUGAGGGGCUGGGGAUUCCGAGCGAAGGCUGCGCCAUGAAUCGAGCGCGAGCGGGAGAAAAAAGGUGCCCAGAAUUACGAAUUGGCGAGCGAGCGAGAGCGAUAAUAAUGUCCAGCUCUCGCGCAGAGACGCUCGCAAGGGAGCUCCUUGAAGGUGUCUGGAUGCGAGGUGCGAUGGCGUGCUGGGGCCCAGCCGCAUGACGCGAAGACGUGCGCGACAUCUCCUGACAUCCGCCAUGAAAUUGCCAUGACCGGUUUGGCAGCUCUCGUGGCUCCAUCGUCACAAGGGCGGGCGAGCGAGGGAGAGCGAGGGCGCCAACUCAACCUUUGAGGGCGAUUUCGAACUUCGCAGUCUCGAAUGCGGGUCAAAUUGGCCCUUUGUGCGUCCCGCAGCAUGCAUCCAUCCGUCCGUGUCUAUGAUCCACUGCAGACUCCGCUCACUGGUCUCUCCUCUCCUCUCCUCUCCUCCGACCUCGUAGGUCCCACUCGAGCCCUAAAUUGUUCCCCACAACUGGCACCCCAAGUCUGGAGGCCUUUCUUGUCACUGUGCUGUUCUCCGUGGAACAGCUCGGGAGUUGACCAUCGAUCGGUUUCUCUUCUCUGUUCCCAUCAGUCUCCCUCUGCCAGGCAGAACGGCAUCUACCGUAAUUUCUCCUGACCUCAUCGACCUCCACCACACGUUGUCGUUUCCUCCUUGCAAUCUCUGCUCUGCUCUGCUCUCCUCAUACAAUCCGCAGAGAAACGGACGACGUCGUUAGUAGUUGAACAAGCGACUGUGACAAUUGGUUGAAUUUGAAGUACGUGACCGUAACCGUGACCCAGGAGGGUCCCGUGGUGGUCUCCAAGGCAGAGCCACUGGAUAACUCCUAGGGUUAGGGUCAGGAGGAGUUGCAAGUGCUUCUGGGGAAGCGACCAGAGGUCAUCAGCAGCACAUCCUCAUACAGGACCUGGCGAUCUAUGUUCAAAUCUGGGGCAUUAAAGGUGAAGGGCCACCUUGCCUGCUUCCCGAAAGAAAGGAAAAAAAUGCUGACUGACUGUCACUGACGAGACGAAAGCUGUUAGCUGACAAAGUCGGAAUGGUUAAUGUCAUGUCUCCCCACAGAAGGAACUUUGUGCUCUAGGCUUCCUGCUCGCUAAAUGGUCGCACCAGUCCGCUGGCCUCCAGCCGAGACAGAGUUCUGUUGAGAAGAAGAGGGGCGUGCAAGCGUUCUACGAUCGGGGGAUUCUCCUUGAUUGAAGGAUUUUUUUCUCUUCCACUGUUGCCAUUUUGUCAACAUGCGCUACAGCCAAGGGUCGCGUGCUUUCAAAUGCCGCUCCCCCGCUCGGUUUGGAAUUCCUGUGAUGAUCCUUCAAACCAGCCAAAGAAGACUUCGUAGAAUUUUGUCUCGCAACAGUCUAAAAUCGUUUCAGUUUUGAGCGGCGGCAUCUGAUAGGAUCAAAGAUGCCGUCUCUUCUUGUUCAGCCACAAAUCGGAGCUUACUGAAAAAGAUUCUGGGGUUUUAUGGCACCCGUGAACCAUGCUGGAGCUCUUGGCGCCUCUACCGAAGAGGAGCCCUCCAGCCGAUGCAGCCGAGCGCGCAUGGACGCUGUGCAGGCGGAUGGCUGCGAAGUGUACUGUCUCUCGGGAUGACCUCGGUUACGUAAUCGUUAGCCAGAUUGACGACACUUCUGACAGUCCAGGGUCCGGAGUUUAAGGUCGUGCCUGGAAUUUGAACUGGUACCGUGUUUGGGCGACAAUCCCGAACUUCUACCUUCAUUUAGACCCUGCUGAAGGACAAAUUAGUGCAGUCAUCUCAUUAUCUUCAACAAAUUGCGGACUGUCCGCGAGGUAUACUUCAGUAUAUCUCAACGGGGCUUGCUGCUAUCAACUUAUUUGAUGUGCCUCACGAUCAAUAUUUCGGAAACUGCAUCGAGUAAAUUCUGGAAGCAUCUCUUCGAACUUUUCCUUCGUCACUUCAUAUCUUGUAACAGAAGUUUUACAUAUCUUCUAUAUAUGAUCAUGUAAUUCAUAGCACGAGCAAGCCGAAUCCUGAUCAUGUUAUUCCUAUAAGCAGUCCUGCAGAAAGAGGACAUUUCCGAAAGAGGUAUUGUCAGGAGUAAGAGAGGAGGUAGCAAAAUGGGUGGGAAGACGCCUUCUGGUCUCACAUGGAUGAGAACAAGCGGAGAAUAUGUGAUGCUAAUAGCAUCAUACAAGGAAAAUACGAUACCAAGGAUAACUCAUUCGAGAGAUCUUGUCUCACGAUUCAUUAUUAGAAAAGUACGUAUAUUUCAGCAAUGAAUAUUAAUGGAUUCAAAAUAACAUAUACUUCUCAUAUAUCUAUGCAUCAUGAGUGUGGAUCGUAAGUUUGAUCCACAUGUUUAAUCUACACUUGGCUUGUACGAAGGAGAAGAUGGGACAUAGAGUCGAAUGGCAAAACAGAUUCAUAACAGAGUGAGGAAUGAGAUAACGCCGAGGUCGCAAGAAUAGAGAAAAGUCAAUUAAAAUGCGGAGAACAAUAAAUAAACAUGGUAAAUUAAGUGGAGUUGCACAUGAGAAAAGGUGUAGAUUCCCAAGAAAAAUUGCAGCACUCAAAAGGCAAAUCAAGUAAAACAUAUACAUGA